AUGUGGAUGUGGGUUAAAUCAAUUCGUCCUGAUACAAUUAUAUUUCAAAUAAAUGCAACAAGUAAAGAUCUAAUUGAAAAUGGAAAUAUAACAUAUGAUUUAAUAAAUUCAUCAGAUUAUUUUUUUAUUAAUCAACAAACAGGUAUUAUACGUUUAAAAAAAUAUCUUUCAUCAACAAUUACAAAUUUUACAUUAAUUAUAAAAGCAUUUGAAAAUGAUAUUAAUUUAACUGAUUAUACAAAUUUAUUUAUAACAAUUAUUAAUGAUGAUAAUAUGUACUUUAAUAUUAAUAAUAAUAAUAAUAAUUGUUUUAUUGAAGAAAAUAAAAUAAUUGAUACAAAUAUUUGUACAAUUGGUUUUAAUUCAAAUGAUUUUAUUUAUAAAUUAAUUGAUCAUAUGAAUUGUUUUGCUAUAUAUGAAAAUAAUGGUACAAUUAUUAAUAAAAAAAUAUUUGAUUAUGAAAUUGAUCAACAUGAAUAUAAUGUUACAAUUAUUGUUAAAGAUCGAGAAAAUCAGUCUAUUAUAUUAUCUUCACUUAAUCUAACAAUUUAUAUUGAUAAUAUUAAUGAUGAUUAUCCAGAAUUUUUAACUAAAAACUUUACAACAGUUCUUUAUUUAUUUUAUCUAUCAAUAAAUACAAUUAUUCAUACAAUGGAAAUUAUUAAUAACGAUCAAUUAAAUUUAAAUUUUGAAAUUCUUAAUGAUACAUAUUCAUCAUAUAAACUUCAAUCAUCAUUAAAAAAUUUUACUGAAAUUAUUCUGAUUAAUUCUAUAAUUACUGAUCAUGAAGAUAAUCUUAUUAUUCGUCUAUCGAAUAAUAAUAAUAAUAAUAAUAAUACAUAUCUAUCAUCUUAUUAUAUUGAUUUAUAUAUUCAUUUAAUAUAG